CUGGACUUGGUUGAAGAAGAUACUCGAACAUGUUUCACCUCUCAUUCAAUAGGCUUUUUCAGUUCUGACUGACUGGCAGGAAAUCCCACCUAUUUAACCUUUGUGUGGGCGUUAUCAAGUCUUUCAGACAGUCUGAUCAAGAAGAAAGGCUGUCCUUCUCUGUCCUCACCUCUGAUCUCCAACCCCUCCCAUCUGAGAGAGCUGGACCUGAGCUACAAUCAUCCAGGAGACUCAGGAGUGAAGAUGGUGUCUGCUGGACUGGAGGAUCUACACAGUAUGUCAGGCAGUCUGAUCACAAAGAAAGGCUGUAAAACUCUGGACUCAGCUUUGAGCUCCAACCCCUCCAAUCUGAGAAAGCUGGACCUGAGCUGCAAUCAUCCAGGAGACUCAAGAGUGAAGCUGCUGUCUGCGGGACUGGAAGAAUCGCACUGCAAACAGGACACUCUCAGCAUUGACCGUGGUGGACUGCAGAGGCCAAAAUGUGGGGUCAGAAAGUAUGCCUGUGAACUGGAACUGGACACAAACACAGCAAACAGAAACCUCAAGCUGUCUGACAGCAACAGGAUGGUGACAUAUUCGACAGAGGAUCAGUCAUAUCCUGAUCAUCCAGAAAGAUUUGUCUGCCCUCAGCUGAUGUGUACAAAUCGUCUGACUGGUCUCUAUUACUGGGAGGUCAAGUGGACAGGCAUGGUUGAAAUAGCUGUGACUUACAGAGGAAUCAGAAGGAACGCACAAAGUAAUGACUGUGUGUUUGGAAUGAAUGAUCAGUCCUGGAGUCUGAGCUGCUCUGAUGUUGGUGGUUACUCUGUCUGCCACAAUAAGAGAAAAACAUCUAUCCCCUCUUCCACCUCCUCCUCUGUCUCUCACAGAGUUGGAGUGCAUGUAAACUGUCUUGCUGGCAUUCUGUCCUUCUACGAAGUCUCUCUUGGCAAACUGAUCCCCCUCCACACCUUCAACACCACAUUCACUGAUCCUGUUUAUCCUGGGUUUGGUUUCUGGUCUGGUUGUUCUGGUUCCUCAGUGUCUCUGUGUUCUCUGUAG